AUGAGAGGAGACGAAGAGAAGGGGGAGGAGAAGAGGUUGAGGGUCCCCAAGGUGAGAGGGGGGAAGAGGAGGGGAGAGGAGAGAGGGAGGGAUGGGGAGAGGGGGAAAUUCCCAAGGAAAAGGGAGAAGAGAGAGAAAGGAGAGGGAGGGAAGAAAGAGGGAAGAGAAGACAGGUGGAAAGAGAAGGAGGGAAAAAGGGAGAAGGAAAAGAGGGAAAGAGGAGGAAAAAGGAGGAGAUCUCGAGAGAGAAGGAAAGAGAAGGAGGGAGAAGAGGGAGAAGAGGAGGGGGGGGAAAGGAGGGGAGGAGGGAGGAGGGAAGGGAGGAGGGAGGAGGGAGGAGAAAAAGGGUGGAAGAAGGGAAAGGAGGGAAGGGAGAGGAGAGAGGGCGAAAAAGAUAGAGGAAAGAAAGAGAGAGGAGAGAGGAGAAGGGAAGGGGAGAGGAGGAGAAGGGAAGGAGAGAAAGGGGAAAGGAGUGGGGGGGAGUAA